AAAAAAGCCCAUAAACCUUUGAGUGGAGGCUGCACGUUUCCUGUUUACGGUGGAGCUCCAGUCUGCAGCCUCAGAAAUGAACGUCCAGAGAAGGAACGUUUUUCGGUUCAGAGAUAAAAUCAUCUCCCGGUGCAGGCUGUCGUGCCGGCCGGUGGGACAUUAUCACUGCCACCUCUGUAAGAGGACGGUCAUACGGCGGGUGGAUAUGGAGAGGCAUUUAUUGUUGUGUGACAUCUCUGCAGUGACGAAACCGCCAUCCAAUGCACCCUCUACAGUGCUGAUCCCAUCACCCGCUGCACCCUUUCCAGUGAUCCCAUCACCCGCUGCACCCUCUCCAGUGAUCCCAUCACCCGCUGCACCCUCUACAGUGAUCCCAUCACCCGCUGCACCCUCUUCAGUGAUCCCAUCACCCGCUGCACCCUCUACAGUGAUCCCAUCACCCGCUGCACCCUCUCCAGUGAUCCCAUCACCCUCUGCACCCUCUACAGUGAUCCCAUUACCCACUGCACCCUCUCCAGUGCUGAUCCCAUCACCUGCUGCACCCUCUCCAGUGCUGAUCCCAUCACCCUCUACAGUGAUCUCAUCACCCUCUGCACCCUCUACAGUGAUCCCAUCACCCACUGCACCCGCUCCAGUGCUGACCCCAUCGCCUGCUGCACCCUCUCCAGUGCUGAUCCCAUCACCCGCUGCACCCUCUACAGUGCUUAUCCCAUCACCCGCUACACCCUCUCCAGUGCUGAUCCCAUCACCCGCUGCACCCUCUACAGUGCUGAUCCCAUCACCAGCUGCACCCUCUCCAGUGCUGAUCCCAUCGCCUGCUGCACCCUCUCCAGUGAUCCCAUCACCCACUGCACCCUCUCCAGUGCUGAUCCCAUCACCCGCUGCACCCUCUCCAGUGCUGAUCCCAUCACCAGCUGCACCCUCUCCAGUGCUGAUCCCAUCACCAGCUGCACCCUCUCCAGUGCUGAUCCCAUCACCAGCUGCACCCUCUCCAGUGCUGAUCCCAUCACCCUCUGCACCCUCUCCAGUGCUGAUCCCAUCACCCUCUGCACCCUCUCCAGUGCUGAUCCCAUCACCCUCUGCACCCUCUCCAGUGCUGAUCCCAUCACCCGCUGCACCCUCUCCAGUGCUGAUCCCAUCACCCUCUGCACCCUCUCCAGUGCUGAUCCCAUCACCUGCUGCACCCUCUCCAGUGCUGAUCCCAUCACCUGCUGCACCCUCUCCAGUGAUCUCAUCACCCGCUGCACCCUCUCCAGUGCUGAUCUCUUCUCCCUCUGAACACUCUCCAGUGUCAAUCCCACCAUCCACUGCACCCUCUCUAGUGCUGAUCCUACAACCCGCUACAUCCUCUCCAAUACUGACCCCACCAUUCACUGUACCCUCAAAAAUGCUAAUCCUGCCAUCCACUGCACCCUCUCCAGUGCUGAUCCCACCAUCCAUUACACCUUCUAAUUUGCUGAUCCCAUCAUCUGCUGCAUCAUCUACAGUGCUGAUCUCAUCACCCUCUGCACCCUCUCCAGUGCCGAUCCCACCACCCUCUGCACCCUCUCCAGUGCCGAUCCCACCACCCUCUGCACCCUCUCCAGUGCUGAUCUCAUCACCCUCUGCACCCUCUCCAGUGAUCCCAUCACCCUCUGCACCCUCUCCAGUGCUGAUCCCACCACCCUCUGCACCCUCUCCAGUGCUGAUCCCACCACCCUCUGCACCCUCUCCAGUGCUGAUCCCACCACCCUCUGCACCCUCUCCAGUGUCAAUCCUACAGUCCUCUACAUUUGCAGAAGAACAUGAUUAUGCCCUGCAAUCUCUGCCCCCUGCGGUCACAUUAAAUGCACAAUCAAUAAAAUGCCCACAGUGCGGCCUCAACCUUCUCAGGAAAAACCUGAGAGUCCACAUAUCGAGGAGGCAUGCAGAGGCGUCGCCAGGUACUACCCAGGCGCGGAAAGCUCGCGGGAUGAAGCUGAGGAUCCGAGUCGGGAAGCGUAACGGCCGCCUGGAGCUGCAGGCGGACGAGGUGACCCUGGGGGAUCUGCGGAGAAAACUGAGCCAAAUGUACCUCCCGACGCUGGGGUUCAGUCCUGACACUUCAUUCUCCAUCACCCUGAACGGCCGGGACCCCCUGACCGAGGACGAGAGCAGCCUGGAGUCCUUCGGGGUCAUCUCUGGGGAUCUGAUCGUCGUGGUAACCGCCGAUACUCUGCAGCCUGCGCCCACUCAGGAGCCGCCAUUGCCGCCAUCUUCUAGCGAGACAAGCGAUACUGACUGCGCUCCAGGGGCGCGCGAUGUAGCAGAGCCGGGACCCAGCUGUUCCCAGGAAGCGUCAGCCAGAGAGGAGGCGGCCAUGGAGGAAGAAGAGGCGCCGUUCUGCCCCCCGGGGCCCAUGCUGUGCAGCGAGGCUGCUGACGGGAAGAUCCCGCACUCGCUGGAGGCGCUCUACCUCUCCUCCAGCUGUGCCACUGCCAACGAUGCCCUGGUGGUUGUCGCCCAUCUCCUCAUGGUGGAAACCGGCUAUACAGUGCAGGGUGCGAAGAACAAAGCGACGCCCAUGCCCGAGGGCUGGAGAAGCAGCGCGGGCAUCUACAAGCUCCACUACUCCCACCCGCUGUGCGGUGACAGCUCUGCCGCCCUGGUCUGUGUGCCAAUGGGCAAACUGCUCAUCAUCAAUGCGACUUUGACCAUUGGCGCUGAGCUGAAGUGCGUGAAGAGGCUGCAGCUGACCACCGGAUCCUACAUCUCCUUCCCGCAACAAGAUGUGGCCUUGGUGUACAGGGACCUGCAGAAGUUAUCCCGCCUCUUUAAGGAUCAGCUGGUUUACCCCUUACUAGCCGCUACUCGGCAAGCCCUGGACCUCCCCGAUGUCUUCGGUUUGGUGGUUUUGCCCCCAGAGCUAAAGCUGCGGAUUUUCCGUCUUCUGGACGCCCGCUCCGUCUUGUCCCUUGGCUCCACUUGUAAAAAUCUUCGAGCGGACACGGAAGACCCCUCACUGUGGAGGUUCCUGUACAUGCGCGAUUUCAGAGAUGACAGCGUCAGAGACCCGCACACCGACUGGAAGGAGCUUUAUAAGGAGAAGUACAAGCGCACGUGCCGCAACUCGCGCAGUAGAUACAGACCCUACGUACCGGACUUCCCGCCUUUUCACCCCGACCCUUUCCCUCCGGACCAAUAUCCACCCAACUUUCCCUACCCUCCCGGCAUUAUCGGGGGCGAAUACGACCAGAACCCCAUUUUCCCAUUUGCCAGGGAUCCCCUUUCAUUGUUGGACCCACGGAGACAUCCUAAACCGCCAGGACUCUUUCAGCCCGCCAGGCCACGGUUUGACCCCCUGUUUCCAGGCCGCUAUAUCCCGCCGCAGUCCAGAGGGGGGCCUUUUCUAUGAGUAAAGUGGGGGGACACCAUCCUCUAUGUGGACUAUAAAGGUCAAGUAUAACAGACUCCUGCGGGAUGAUGGGAGUUUUCAUCUCUUCAGCGUAUAAUGUUCUGAUAUUUGAAAUUUCAAAUGGCUUUUAGCUUUAAGCUAUAACUUAAAGGGGUAUUCCAGGAAAAAACUUUUUUUUAUAUAUCAACCGGCUCCAGAAAGUUAAACAGAUUUGUAAAUUACCUCUAUUAAAAAAAUCUUAAUCCUUCCAAUAAUAAUCAGCUGCUGAAGUUGAGUUGUUCUUUUCUGUCUGACAACAGUGCUCUCUGCUGACAUCUCUGCUUGUCUCGGGAACUGCACAGAGUAGAAGAGGUUUGCUAUAGGGAUUUGCUUCUACUCUGCACAGUUCCCAAGACCAAGAUAUAUAUAUCUCAACUGGCUCCGGAAAUUUAAACAGAUUGGUAAAUUACUUCUAUUAAAAAAUAUUAAUUCUUUCAGUACUUAUGAGCUGCUGAAGUUGAGUUGUUCUUUUCUGUCCAAGUGCUCUCUGAUGACACCUGUCUUGGGAACUGUGCAGAGUAGAAGCAAAUCCCCAUAGCAAACCUCUUCUACUCUGUGCAGUUCCUGAGACAAGCAGAAAUGUCAGCAGAGAGCACUGUGUGUGUAUAUAUAUAUAUAUAUAUAUAUAUAUAUAUAUAUAUAUAUAUAUAAUGUGUAUGUAUAUGUUUUUUCCUGGAUAACCCAUUUAACCUACAAACGUUUUUUUGUUAUUUUUUUAUUAUUAUUAUUAUUUUUUUUUUUAAGGGGAACACCGCCAUAAAGCAAAUUAUUCCAUUCCAAAUUUUUCCUGUUUUUUUCUUCAAAGGGUUUUACUUUUUGAGUUUAUAUCUUAAAAAUCAUGAAAUCGGACAGGUAGUCACAGCUCCUCCCCCCACGUAUAACCCACUAAAUAAAAAGGAUCAAAGUAAAAACCUUACGCAAAAUGUUAUAGUAAAGAAUUAAAGCAAAAAAAGUUAAGCAAAAAAUCAGGGGUCACUGUGGUUUCCCCCAUUCUUUCUGUGCUCCACCUUGUCAUAGUGAAAAAAAAUUGGCUUAG